UACCCCGAAGGGAAAUUCGUGGCGUAUGAGCGGUUCAGCUACGACGCCCUGGGCCAGCAGAUCCACGUCAGAGCACUGAUAGUCGACCACAACCAGACCUCCUUCGUGGACUUGCUUUUGCUCUACAAAGAGGGGGUCUCAUAUGAGAUAUCGUACCAAAACCAAACCUGCAAGAAGGCGCCACUGAAGACUCCCUUCCGGCCGAUAGAGAUCCCUCCCGACGCCAAACUGCAGGGCGAGGUGGUGCUGGGGAGCUCCUCUGCCCCUGGCAUGGGGGUGCUGGUUAACUCCUGGACGGGCGCUGUACCAGAGCUAAAGGCAAAAUACCUGCUGACAUUCACCGAAUUCGGCUGUCUUCCCAUAAGUUCCCUAAACCACGUCGAAAACGUAGGACUGAUCCUCACGAGUUUCUACGACCUGGUGAUCGGGAUCGAGGACCCAAAUGAGUUCAUUCCUCCGCCUUUCUGCGAAAAAGCAGAACUUCAGCAGACGGAGAGCGAAAAGGUGAAGGACUUCCUCAGGUUCUUCAUUUGAGAACAAUCCAAAAAUGUGUUGCUGCUGUUGAAAAUAAAGGCUUUAGCUAACUAUUUUUUACUACUAUUAACGUCCCCCUAAUCUUAAAGAUACAGCACUGAAAGUAAAAUACUGACUCGAAACAUGUGUAACCCUGGUUUCUUGAUGAGUAGGUAUAGCGUGUGCCAGUCCCCCUCUCGGGCUGUGGGUAGUAAGCGGGCUACAGUUUCUCUAACGAUUACGUUUAAUAAUCACCAACACGGCGGCACAACACCUUCCAACUUCUUUCCCCAGCCGCUCUUCACCGUUCCCCUCUAAACCCGUCCCCCUGUGUACCAGGGCAGAUAGGAACUAAUACAACGGAUAACCAAGGGAACUGUUAAUUGAUUGAUUGGCUAAUGGGUGUGCUCCCAAUUAUUGUGAAUUACUCUCAGGUGUGUUUGUCAUGUAACCAUGCCAUGUGAUUUCCUAUUUAAGCUGCACCUACACCAAUAAACAAGAGAUUGAGUGUC